UGUAUAUCGAUCGUAUCGAUUACGUUGUCCAAUUAGAUAGAUUUCUGCGAUUUCAAUGUCGCAACUGAUGGCUUUACGGCUUUCUCCGCUUAAGGAUUGAUAUCAUUUAUCUUAUUUGCGAAAAUCGACUUUUAUCGAUUCGGCAUGCCUGACGAGAAUGUUUACGAGCGUUCUCGUCGGGUUCGGUGACGGCGCUCGCUUCGUCAAGCGGCGUCAAUAGUUGUAAUAACUCGCUAUUUAACUUAAUGUCACGCCCCCGUCGGUUUUAAUCGAAUGUAAUUCGCGCUCGAGCGGCAGCAGCUUUUAACGGUCUCGCGCCCGUAAACCUUCGCAGGAGAAUUACGAACGGAACGAGAGAGAAUUUCAACGAGAAACGCAGCGCGCUGCUGUUUUGUUAACGAACAACGGACAACGUAGAAAUUUCAAAAACGGGAAACAGGAGUUGCUCCUGGGCAGUUUCGUGUGACGAAACGCACGCACCCGUCAUGGCCGACAAGAACCAGAACACCGUCGCGCUCGACGAUGGAGACGUCUCCUUCAUCGGCAUGUACGCUUCGCUGAGGUCUCCAGAAGAGAGCAACGUCUCUUCGUCGAGCGUGUAUCUGACUCCGUUGGGGAUGGACGAGUCCGACGAUUUGGAGGUAACGCCUCAGUCGCAAACCGCUGCAGCGAGCCUGACAUCGAAUUUCCAGCAACGAAGAACCAGGGACGGUUCCGCGGACGAUGCGCGUCCGUAUUCGGCGGACCAUCACGAGGACUCGCUGGAGUACGCCGAAACGGAAUACAGAGUACAGGACGUGUCGGCGUCUUCGCGCACCGAGCACGUGGACUCGCUCAGCUCGUUCCAGCCGGAAGCGAUGCCGAAAAGCGUGGCAACCACGCGGAAGGGGGAGGAGAAGGAAGACAUCGGGGCGCGGACGGGCGCGAAGAUGAAGGGCGAGCUCACCUUGGAGACGGAGGAGCCCACCUCCGAUUACUCGACCAUGGAAUCGGAGUCGAUCGUCCUGAACGACGAGGGUGCGUCUUCAGCGAUGACGUCUGACGGCGCGAUCGAUCGGUCACCGCCACGGAGCGGCGCAAAUUGCGCUCAGGAGGAUGCGGUGAUCGCUGGCUCCGUGGAAGCGAACGCGACUGCCUCGGUAAAUGAUGAUUCCACCAGCUCGCACAAUCGACCGGACGUUCUCGAGGACGAGGAAGUGUUCGAGACGGAUACGUUCGACGGUGAGUACAACGGGAACACUGAUCCGAUGCAGCGCUCCCUGGAGAGGAUGCUGAUCAGGGAACGGCAGGACGGUUGCUUUCGAAAUCGUUGGUUGAAGAAGAGCAAGAUGAACUUGAGCUCGCUGAUUUCGCGAUGCCGGUCGCCCGAGCGAUUCGCUCGGAGGAAAGUCGCGGAGGAAGAUAAAAGUGUGGAGGCGACGUUGGUAAAUAAUUUCGAGCGGAAGAGCCCGAUUCUCAAGUUGCGAUUGGCAAAGAGGGAUGACGAGCAGGUCCAGACAGCUGAAAGGCCGAAAGAUGUUCCGUUUCCACCGUCGCACAAAAUGACAGUGGCAGAAGUCUUCGACGAACGAACAGGAUCUCCGCGGCCGGAGGUCCUGAAGCAACACUUCAUCGUCGAAGGUAGGAUCGACGAGACUGCGGCUCUUCGUAUAAUCAACGAUGGAGCCGCCCUUCUACGUUCGGAGAAAACUAUGAUAGACAUCGAGGCUCCAGUCACUGUAUGCGGCGACAUUCACGGACAGUUCUACGACCUGAUGAAAUUAUUCGAGGUGGGCGGUCCACCCUCCUCGACCAAGUAUCUCUUCCUCGGUGAUUACGUUGACAGGGGUUAUUUCAGUAUCGAGUGCGUAUUGUACCUGUGGGCGCUGAAGCUGUGCCAUCCGACCACACUCUUCCUCCUCAGAGGUAACCACGAGUGCCGUCAUCUCACGGAAUACUUCACAUUUAAGCAGGAAUGUAAAAUAAAAUACUCGGAGAGGGUGUACGACGCGUGCAUGGAUGCCUUCGACUGUUUGCCGCUCGCCGCCCUCAUGAACCAACAGUUCCUCUGCGUGCACGGCGGCCUGUCGCCGGAAAUUCACAAUCUAGAAGACAUUCGCAAAUUGGACAGGUUCAAAGAGCCACCAGCGUUCGGACCGAUGUGCGACCUCCUCUGGUCGGAUCCCCUCGAGGACUUCGGCAACGAGAAGAACGCGGAACACUUCUCUCACAAUAGCGUCAGGGGUUGUUCGUACUUUUACAGUUACGCGGCGUGCUGCGACUUUCUGCAGAACAACAAUUUGCUCAGCAUCAUAAGGGCACACGAGGCUCAAGACGCCGGAUAUCGUAUGUAUCGAAAGUCUCAGACGACGGGCUUCCCAUCGCUUAUCACCAUCUUCAGCGCGCCCAACUAUCUCGACGUGUACAACAACAAGGCGGCGGUUUUGAAGUACGAGAACAACGUGAUGAACAUCAGGCAGUUCAAUUGCUCGCCGCACCCGUACUGGCUGCCCAAUUUCAUGGACGUUUUCACAUGGUCCCUGCCGUUCGUCGGCGAAAAGGUCACAGAAAUGUUGGUGAACGUGCUGAACAUUUGCUCGGACGACGAGCUGAUGAGCGACGGCGAUGACGCGCUCGAGGAAGAUGUCGCAGCCAAAGUCGUUGUCCAAAAAAAGAAUGGUGCAGCAGCUAAUCUACGUAAGGAAGUCAUCAGAAACAAGAUCAGAGCCAUCGGAAAAAUGGCGCGUGUCUUCUCCGUCCUGAGAGAGGAAAGCGAGAGUGUGCUGCAGUUGAAGGGCUUGACGCCGACUGGAGCUUUACCUCUUGGUGCGCUUUCUGGCGGCAAGACCUCUCUGAAAAAUGCUCUCCAAGGCUUCUCGCCGAAUCACAAAAUCACCUCGUUCGCCGAGGCCAAGGGUUUGGACGCCAUAAACGAAAGAAUGCCACCGAGGAAGGACGCACCGCCCACGCCGGUGAACGAGGAGAAGCCCAUGACAAAGCCGCCGCCUCCUGCGGGAGACAAGCGGGACCACAACACGCCGCAACCGCAAUCGUGAGCCCCACACUCGUCCAAUCAAGAUGGCGUGGAUGGAUCUUAAGACCUCGGCGCUAUCGCCGCCACCACCAAACAUUUGUAAACCAUUGCCCAUCUCUCCUCCCCGGCUGUUACAAUCAGCGCGCUGUUCAUCGAGGAGUCAGGAGAAGCCAUCGCCGUCGCAAGAUCAGGAGACGGACGGACGGACGCGAAACGAAAGCGAUUUCUCUCGUUGAUGCAGCUUUCGACGGACGAGAUUGUUGGUCCCGGUGCAGCGAAAGAAAGCAGCAGCAGCAGUCGAAGAAAAAGAAGCCGUCAAAAAACGCCCGAUUGGGCGCGUUUCAGCGGGGUUCCUCUCUUCUCCGACGAUCUGGUUCCGUUUUUGUUCGCGCAUGUUGCAUUCGCGAGCACAAAGCAGGAACGCGUUAGUCUCCCUCGCUCUUUCGCUCGCGCUUCUCUCUCUCUCUCUCUCUCUCUCUCUCUCUCUCUCUCUAUCUCUGUGCUCUCUUUCUUUUGUGCAAACCAAUUGUAUUUAUUUUAUUUAGUUUUUAGUCUUAGUUGCUUUUAAUUUCUAUAAUUUUCUUAUUGUGGAGAGCAAUCUAUUGUAUGUUAAUUCUUAUUUUUUGUUUUUGUUAUUCUUUGUACGGGAUUUUUUAUCCUAGUGCAAUUAAGACUCUACUCUACUCUACUCUACUCUGUUCCUCAUCUUUCUUCGCUCGGUUCCUCGCUUCCUCCUCUGCCUUUACCAGCAUCCACCAGCGCGUACAUUAUCCGUGUCUCUCGCGGAUAGUCAACUCAAUUUUCAUGCGUGUGUGACGCAGACGUAGAUUCACGUAUCUUUGAUAAAUCUGAUCGGUGGGAUCGGAUGUUGACGCAUUCUCGAGAAAGAAUCCUCUUGCCACCCUCUUGUCCCGCGCCCUCGUAUUUCCCUCAUAUUUCCUCUUCUGGACGCGAAAAGGCGAGGGAGAGAGACGGAAGGAACGGCUCGCGUGUGGUCAGUCUAAUGAAAAGAAGCACAUAAGUAGAGUGUAUGUGAGCUGAGUGAGUGAACGAGUGAGUGAGCGAGUACACAAGAUAAAGAAAAA